CGGACGAACCGAAAUAAAUCGAACGACGCCGAGUCGAUCAGCAGUACGGUGAACGUGCGAGCGUUCUGUGUUUAGUAAUGAUCAAAACGAAUUGUCGUUGUCGUUGUUGUUGUUUGUGGCAUCGCGCAGAGACGAAGCAACCGUGAUUCGCGAUCUAUACACUUCUGGCAAUCAAGUCGCGAGACAAAAGAACACCAAGAAACCGCGUCGUCGCUCGUCGCAGCGGUCACGGAUGCAUAUGGAGGUGUCCCCGAACCGGCGCUGUCUGAACCAGCUCAACAGCUGAUCGGAGCACGAAGCGGCGGUGAACGGGGCUACUAUCGCACCACCACCCCGCGUUUCGGAGGAAAAAUUCAGUCUCGUGUCCGCCAGGUGAAAAGAGAAGAAAAGACACGACUUCCCUCUUCCGACUGAGAAAGAGAACUGCUGCGCGGGUUGACAAAAGAGAGUAGGAGAAAAUAGGCAAGCAAGGGCGAAGUGUGUCUCUCCCUCGUUUGGACGCGUCAUCAUGGUGAAAACUUUUCAAGCUUACCUACCUUCCUGUCACCGCACUUACUCGUGCAUUCACUGCCGUGCUCAUCUCGCCAAUCACGACGAACUUAUCUCCAAGUCCUUCCAGGGCAGUCAAGGUCGUGCCUAUCUCUUCAACUCAGUGGUGAAUGUAGGUUGCGGUCCCGCGGAAGAGCGAGUUCUCUUAACUGGACUGCACGCCGUCGCUGAUAUUUAUUGCGAAUGUUGCAAAACUACCUUAGGCUGGAAAUAUGAACAUGCGUUCGAGUCGAGUCAGAAAUACAAAGAGGGAAAGUUCAUAAUCGAACUUGCCCAUAUGAUUAAGGAAAAUGGAUGGGAAUGAAGAGCAGCGGGGAAUAGAUCAAUUCCCCGUGCCUCUCAUCGGAUUUUUUCUGAUAUAACGCCUACAACGUUGUUCUAAUUGCAAUGUGCGGCUCCUCUCUAUUCGAACCACCAACGAAAGUCUGUGAUUUCAUUUGUGAUUUAUAAUCUUAGUAAUCUUCGUUUCGGACAAUUUAACAACAUCGGUUUGCUUCUGAUCAAAUCGAGCAAGCGAAGGUAUUAAUGGCGAUUCGUAUUCGCCAGUGGACACAUCACCGAGUAUUGUAAAAAAAUUAUUUUUCAAAGGAAGAAAAAGAAGUAGAAGUAGGACAAUGAUGUCGAGUAAUGGUGGAACAUGAUGACGAAGGUGCCAUGGUGAAAAUAAUGAUGAAACAAGAUCGCUCGGUACGAGCAGUGGGGUGCCCCUCCUUCCUAAUUUUGAUUCAUUAUCUUUGUAGACAUUGCAUGAAGUCGUAUUGUCAACAUUGAAUGUUAAAAAUUAAAUGCGCGGGGGCACCCCGACAAUCAGUUUUAAUCUGUUUUACGCACCGGAACAGCGCAAGUGCCACAGACAUUGCCGGACUGAUUGCCUGCCUGUCGCGUCUGUCAUUGGAAUUUCACUGCCGAUAUUCCUAAUAUAAAUUAAGGAUACUACGUCGUAUUUAGACGGCGCGGUAUAGUAGUCCUAGUGUUUAGCAUACAUCUUAGAAUACUAAAGCCUAUAUUACAUUAUUAUAUAGGACUUCGUGGAUAUAGAAAAUAGGGAUAAAUAAAAGUGAUGGGGGCAAGAAGAGCAGAGAACAGAAAGAAAACGAGAAAACAAGAGUGAGUGAAUGGAAGAGAAAAAAGAGACAGAGAGGAUAAAACAUAUAAAUGAAGUCCAGUUAUGUGUCACGUGUAUAUGUUUGGUUUUAUGUUCAUGCCUGCCAAACUGUCUGUUUAUCUGCCAGUUAUCACCGUUAUACUGUAGUCAUCAUAUUGUAAUAUGUUUAUAUUUUUAUCUCUCGGCUGAGUAGGGUGUGGUGUGAUUGAACUUUUCGUUUUGAAAUUUUUGGGAUUGCGCCUUCCUUUAUGUGCACGCAAUAUAAAUAUUUGAAAUAUAGAAGAGGGUUGACUUGUUUUCCUUCGAUAUCGAUCUCGUUUGCGAACAUUUUGUAGAAUUCAAUUAUUGUAUUUACGGAUUGUUAGUGAUGUUGAUUGUGGACUCUGUUUGCGUAAAAGGUAGUUUUGUUUGUGAAUUGAUCUUGAUUUGUCAUGAUGAAUUAUUAAAAGUUGAAUUACGAUUGUAAUGACGAGAUUCUGAUUUGCCGAUGUUCCGAUAUCCGGAUAAUCGAUUUGACGAAUUACCUAAAUGUAAAAACGCACUGUCUGCGAUUCGAAUUAUAUUCGAUUAUCAUACGAAUUAUAUACAUGUAUGUUAAAGUUUUUUAAUUAUCCGGAUAUUUUUAGUUUUUAAUCAAAAUAUUUGUAAUUGAGAUGCCGCUUCUUUUAUACCACGUUAUAUAUUUUUAUGCAAAAAUGCAGCCUUUACGUAACGGAUUUCCCUCAGAAUGUUAUUACAUGCUAUAUUUCCUUGACGAGCUCUUCCGUUGUGCUAUCUUCUUGUUGACAUUUAUUUACGUUACGAUGGUGUUUGUGCAAAUUUAAAAAAAAAAAAAAAAAAAA